AUGGUCGAAGCAAUUCAUUUGAGUUUUUCCAGGCAUUUAGUGUUUUUAGCUGGCUGCUACCAAAUUCACAAAUUCCCUAACAUAUGCCAUCGACGCAUGUACAUUUUCUACAAACACUUCAUUGAUGGAUUUUUCGUUUUUAAUUGCAUCCUACUGUUUUUUGGCCUGUACAAGUACAUAGACAACACACCCAUCCUGUCAGAAACGACCAGUUAUUCCCUUCUUUACUGCAUCAUAUACGUCAUCAACAGACAAGUAAGAUCUGCGAAAGUCACCAACGUUUUUCUGGACAUGGAAAAGCAAGAAGUGGAUUUGUUAAAGGCUGCCAAUUCGGAUGUGUUGAAGAUGUUAACUCACUAUGCGACCUUAAACAACCAAGUUACUAAGUCAAUUUUUUGGAUUGUCACAGUGUUUUGCUCGUACUAUGUGGUCAGUAGACGAUUUCUUUCGAACAAACCAGUCUACUAUCAGUACUAUCCUCUUGAUACGGAACGAUUUAUUAUUCUAGAAUUUAUAACGCAGUCGGUAUUUUUAGCAGUUUGUGACAUUUAUUUUGUGUUUUCAAAGGCGUCGUUAAUUAUGAUGCUUAUGUUUAUGUUGUUUCGUUUGAAGACCAUUCAGUACUUUUUAAAGAACAUUGAACAUUUUGCUAAUCAUGUCCAAGAAAAAUUUAAAAUGUCAACGGAUGAUGCCAGAUAUCAUGUUAUAAAGAGUAUUAUUAAGGAACAUUGUUUGGUAAUAGAUUUAAUCAUUAACGUAAGAGACUGCUGCAGUACAUUUAUACUGUUGGACUUUCUUCUUUCGUCGUUACAAUUAGGGGCCAUUUUAUUGAAAAUAUAUCCUGGUUUUGAAGAAGAAACUUUGUGGGACAAAUUGGUAGCAGUAUUUUUUGCCUUCAUUGUUAACAGACCCAUGUGGGUAUUUUACUUCUAUGGAUCCCAAUUGAUACAAGAGAGCGGGGAUAUUUCAAUGGUGGCAUACAUGGAAAUAUUGUGGUAUGAUUAUGACAAAAAAUCAAAAGAUGCACUGUUGCUCCUAAUGUUAAGAAGCCAAAAAGAUUUGUCUUUGAAAAUUGGGCCAUUUGGUAUUGUUGGAUUAGAAGCCUUUCUUCAACUUUGUAAGGCCACACUUUCAUACUUCACUUUUAUGAGAUCAUUUUACUAAUAUAAUUAGUAAAAUAUUGACAUUUAAUCAAAACGGACUAGCAAACUAAUAAUAUAUGAUAAUUGUUAUUAUAAAAUUGUUGUAUUGGUUUUAAUAGAAUUUUUAGCAUUGUUAAUACUAACACUAUCAAUGUUUAGGUUAGGUUAGGUUAACACAAAAUAUUACUGAAGCACAAACAUUGGUAUAACUUAAUAACACUUAAUAAACUUUAAUGCAAAACUGA